GUGGGGUGUCCUUUAGUGGUAGAGCACUUGGUGUGCAGAGGCCUUGGGUCCCACAACACUGCAAACACAUUUCAAUCUUAUUUGAGGAAGCAGUGUCUUUGAUCGAAGUCCUUCCUCGCUGAUGCUUCUGUACCAUCAUCUGUCCCUUAGCUCCGCAUCGGCCCCUUGUCAUUAGACUAUUGCUGAACUGAUCAUUUUGACAUCCUGAUGUGGGUCUGUGUGGAGUGAAGAUGUAAGCCAGGAAGAUGACAACCCUGCAUUCGGUAGUUGAGUGCAUCCAAGAAGCUCAGAGCAGGGAGCAGAUCUGAAGAGAAACUGAUGGUCUCAAAUACUGGAACCUGGUAACUAGAGAGAAGACUAUCAUACAUUUUAAAAUUAUGGCCGUUACCAAGAAUUCUCUUGCCUAUAGUGUGUGGAAAAUGGUUCUGUCAGGAUCACAGAACCUUCUGAGUCAUAAAGUUUUGCUUUAGUUUGUCUUCUAAUGUUUAGUUCAAAACUUUUUAAAGCUGUUAUUCUAUAUUCAAAGGAUACAUAAAGUCCCAUACUUUCAAAUUAAAUAAAUUAUUUAUAGAUUACUUUAAAAUUGUUUGUAUUUCUGCUAUUGAGAUUUCCAAUUUCAAACUGUCCUAUGCCAUAGGCUCUCCAGUGAACAUUCCAGUUUGCAAAUGUCAAACAUUUUUAUAUUAAAUUGUACCUUUGAUGAGAGAAUGAAUAUUUUACUUAUGCUGAAUACAUUUUUGUAAUCUGGCAGACUUGGAGGCAUGCCCUAGUGAUGACAAUGUAUUAUGUACUUUUCUGGAAGAUGGAGCUAAGAUUUUAUUUUUAUAGAGUUAGGUAUACUUAUUUUAACACAUGGUAGAUAAGUUUUUUUGAGUAAAGAAUUAUAACUUUCAGCUGUCACAGAAGAGUAGAAUAUUUAUUAUUACAGAAUUUAUAAACCAAUUAAUUACUGAUUUUGCACUUUUUCUAUUUCUGCCAACUAAAAUUAAAUGGCGAAGUCUAUCUGAGUUUUGACACACACACAUACUUUGCUGUGUAAACUUUUGUAGUUGAUUUCUUUAAGCAAAUCAUAGUAGUGACAAGCAUUCAAAUUUGCCCUUACAUCUAUGAAGACACAUUUGUGCCAUUGUUUGCCCUUACCUCUAUGAAGACACAUUUGUGCCAUUGUUUGCCCUUACCUCUAUGAAGACACAUUUGUGCCAUUGUAUGGUAUGGUCUUGCUUGUUUGGGUAGAACUUACAGCAAACAGCUCUUGCCAUAAAGACAGUAGGAAGGUUUAUUCUGAACCAAACAUGAGUGACCACGCCCAGAAACAUUAAUCCAGAUUACACGGAAUGACUUAAACCACCACAGAAGUCACAGUAGCCCAGUUUCAAGUCAGUGCCCGUGCGUGAUGCUCUGGUGGGGAUAUCAGGUAAGUAGCUUACUGCACAGUGGUGGAGUCUCCCUGCCAGCUUAGCAUCUGUGUUGGUGCAAACUCCUGGGCUCUUUUAAUACAGUCCAAGAGGUUUUACCCUACACCCCAAAGGAUGUUAAAUCAUAGAGGCAGGCAACAAAGAGCUAGCAAGGGGACUAAAGAUAGCCCAAGAUAGACUUGGUCUUUGACCGAUACUAUUCUCCACAGCAUCGAAGUGCUAAUCAGUGGGUCUGCAGAAUCAACAGCCUUCCUUCCAGGGAGCUCCAGUCCAUAAAGGAAAAACUGGAUUUAGAUCACUGCAAGAAAAGGCUGCAGAAGCUGGUUGGAAGGUGCAGAAAUCCAGAAGGACAUUGGGAGCAGGAGGAUGGAAAGCUGGUCUCGAGCAGAUGCAGCCCCCUUGGACCCGUGUGAUCCCAUGUAUUACAGGCUGACUCGAAAUCUUCAUGACCUCCUGCCUCGACCUCCUGGAGUCGGGAUUACAGACGAGCACCUGCGGGCCGUCUUCUGAGAUGCUGGGGACUGAGUCCAGGGCCUCUGGCAAAUGAGCUGCAUUCUCAGCCACUGGUCCAGUGAUCAAACAUGGAGCUGCAGCCCUGUGGUUAGAGUGUGCCAGUUCCGGCCGCAGGAGGGACAAAAGACGACUUCUCCGGCUUACUCCAUCCCCGGCCUUUGUUCCUCAUUGGCUGGGUCGGUCGAAGCCUUGCCUCUUCCGGUGGGCCCCAACAAGGGGGCGGAGCUCUGUGAUGCACACAUGACGCACGUAGGGGUAUAAAUAGUGGGCGGGCCGCGCGCUCUAGCACAGGAGCCGCCGGCGAGGGGGCCAAGAGGAAGCUUUAUUGAAGCCGGAGAGAAGGUGGGCCUGGCCUGGCGCACGGGCGCCGGCUGAGCCCGGAAGGCAGCGGGCCGAGAGCGGCGGGUGGCCAAGCGGAGGGGGAGACGGUGGUCGGGCGGGAGUCCCGCGGCCGAGUGUGGCGCGGAGUGCGCCAUCGAUGGCCCCGAAAUCCGCGGACAAAGGGCCGCCGUACCCCACCCCGGUAGUGUCAGAGGGGCACAGUCCAGAGGAUGAGCCUUCCUAGAAAGAUCCCUCCUGGCAAGGGCUUUUGAAAAAUGAAGAGCAACUAAGCUCUCACUUUUGAACAGCCCUCCGUCAGCUGGGUUGGUGAGAGGUCUGAUGCCACAUCGCUGCUGCCCCGCCUUUUCCCAGUCAGGAACGUUCCUAGGGACAGUCACACCCCUGGCUUUCAAGUGUUCCUAAACCGAGACCUGGUACUAGCACCAUCUCACUGCUGCCGCACGGUUGGUAGUACUAACUACUAAGGAUGGGUGCUGUAUCUGCUGCUCCAUUUUGCCCGCCUGCCACUCGCUUUGAAAGCUGCCCUGGGAUGUUUAUUUGAAACCGAAACCAAAAGCAUAUAUACAUAUGUAUAUUUAUGUGCGUAUGCUUAUGUGUUGCAGAUCACUGCCAUUUAGCAUGGUAAAGCUGCAUUUGCCCCAAAAGAUGGCUUCAUUCGGUAACGCACCUGAUGAGUAAGGGACCAAACAUUUAAUUUCGGUAAUGCACCUGAUGACCAUUUAAUUGUAGUCUCAAAAGUUUUGCUUGGGUCAAAACUUGUUUUGGUAAGAAUGUGAAAGGUGCUUCUAAAUAAAAACAUUUUGCUGUGGCAUAUUGUGUUUUUAUUAAAAGUUGGCUCUUGAUAUAUUGCAACAACUAAACCAUGCCACUUAGUCCCGCGAACAUUAAGGGUGAUAGGGUAUGAUUUAUUGUCAAAGUAGUCUGCUCUUUAUCAGUACCCAUGGGAAGCAUUCUUAAGGUACUGUGUCUAGAACAGCUGUGAUUACCCCAAAGCAACUGAUUUUUUAAAAAACAAACCUCAAAGUCUGAAUCAUGUUAGCUCUUCUUUCCUAUCUGGUGGCUCCUUGGUAGCUCAGGACCCAAUUAAAUAUCCAUAUUUAGGAAAGCAAAAGACUAGCUAGCAGCACUGUGAUUUUCUUUCCCUUACUAAAAAAUUCAAUUUUUAAAACUUAUUUGCAAGGUUCCAUGUUUCAGAGUGAACACACAAUUUAGGGCUGACAAACUCUAAACCCAUGAGAAUUAUAGGUCUAGAUGUGUCCAACUUGCGGCCUGUCUUAGGAUAGCUAUGAGUGUAACCCAGUAUGUUUGUAUAUAACAACCCAAUGUCAAAAACUGGGACAACCCCUAGUAGCUUAUAUAACACCCAAGGUACCACUUGACAGUCAUCAAGGGAAUGGAUGUGGUGGCCCAAACACUCAGGAGGUAAUGUUGAAAUUACAGACAUCCUGCCAAAAUGAUUUCUUCAAAGCCCAGACUUGUUGUACCCUAUGGCCUCAAGACUCUGCUUGAGGGAGUCAGCAGGGCCAUUCUCAAAACCAACCCGACAAACAUCACCCAGUUUGCAGCAGUUUAUUUUAAAGAACUCAUUGUGUUUAGAGAAGGGAAUUCAUCUUUGGAUAUAAAAGAUCUGAUUAAACAGUUUCAUCAGAUGAAAGUAGAGAAAUGGGCAGAAGGAGUGACAUUGGAGAAGAAAGAAUGUGUAAAAGAACCGGGAAGGACACCUCCAGUUUCCUGUGAACCUACACGAAUGGAAAAAUCCACAGACACAGAGGAGGACAAUGUAGCUGGACCACUGUUUAGUAACAAAACCACCCAGUUUCCAUCAGUUCAUGCUGAACUCCAGCCUGAGGAGACAAGUGAAGGAGUUUGUGGUCCUUCUUCCAAACCAGCCACACCGAAGACCACCACUCCACCAUCCUCACCACCUCCAGCACCCGUCUCUGCAGAGUAUGCCUAUGUGCCGGCCGACCCAGCUCAGUUUGCUGCCCAGAUGUUAGGUAAUGUUCCAUGCACAUAUUCUGAAGUUUUAAUGGUGGACGUGGCAACGAGUACCCUGGACUCACUGAGUGCAGAGUGUGAUGAAGAAGUCGUGGUGUCUGCUCCUCUGGUGUACUCUGGAGAGAUGUUAGCAGUGCAGGUUAUGAGCCAAACAUCUGCUCAGGCAGUUGUGGGUCCUAAUUCUGAGGCUGAACCACCAAAGGCUUCCUCAGCCCCCUUGCAGGGUGAACAAGAACCUCCUGCUUACGAUGAAGCUCCUGACACUCAGGUUACAUCAGCUGUUCAUGUGUCAUCUGUAUAUAACGGUGUGCCUGUCAAUGAAGGAGUUGUCUAUGUUGAGCAGAUACCGGGAUACGUAGUUAUCCCGUUUACUGACCAAGUUGCUUGUCUUAAAGAAAUUGAGCAGUCACCACCAGUUAGUCCCAAACCUGUAGAAACCAAGACUUCCUCAGGCAUGGCUAAGAUAUCUGUAGAGUCUCAGCAGAUUGUCCAGGUGGAGAAUUCCCAACACCAGUCCUCAGUGCACAUGGAGGCAGAAGCUACAGUUCUGCUCUCUGACACUGCUUUAGAGGGUCAGCCCGAGGUACCUGCAGAACCCCUGGAUGCAGAGGGCUUUGUCAAAAUAGCCUCUGAGAAUUCUCUGCACUUUGAAGUGGAGAUCGUUACCAUAGACCCUGACAGUCCUGGCCAGGAGGAGUCAGGGGAGAACGCCGCACCCUAUUCAUCCGGUGACCCUUUCCCUCCUGCGCCAGGAGGCUUUACUGAACCUGAAAUCCAACCAGAUGGGGAAGAUGCACCUGAACAGGUUUGAUGAAGCCAGCACUAGCAACAAGCGAAGCAGGACAACCACCACCAUAUUCUAAUAUGUGGACACUUUAUUGUCUAACUGAUAUGAAUCAACAAAGUCGCCCAUCUCCGCCACCUGCACUCGGGCCUUUUCCCCAAGC